AUGUCAUUUGAUAGACCAGAAAUAUACAGUGCUCCCGUUUUACAGGGAGAAUCGCCUAACGACGAUGACAACACGGAAAUCAUUAAGUCCUUCAAGAAUUUCAUCUUGGAGUUCAGACUGGAUUCUCAGUUUAUUUACAGAGAUCAACUGAGAAAUAACAUCCUCGUCAAAAACUAUUCAUUGACCGUCAACAUGGAACAUUUGAUUGGGUACAAUGAAGACAUUUACAAGAAACUGUCUGAUGAACCUUCAGAUAUAAUUCCAUUGUUUGAAACUGCGAUCACACAAGUGGCCAAAAGGAUAAGUAUUCUAAACAAAGCGCAGUCCGGUAAUACGAAUAAUCAGGAUGGGGAGGGCACAAUUGCGGAUACAGACUCACUCCUGCUGAGCUCUUUACCAACAUUUCAAUUAGUUUUAAAUUCCAAUGCAAACCAAAUACCUUUGAGGGAUUUAGAUUCCGAACACGUCUCCAAGAUUGUCCGUCUUUCAGGAAUAAUAAUCUCGACUUCAGUUUUAUCUUCCCGUGCCACCUACCUUUCUAUAAUGUGUAGAAAUUGCAGACAUACAUCAUCCAUAACGAUCAACAAUUUCAAUUCUAUCACAGGGAAUACAGUCAGUUUACCUCGGUCAUGUUUGUCUACUGCUGAGAGCGAAUCCUCUAUGGCCAAUGAAUCAAAUAUUGGUGAUGAAUCAACAAGGAAAAAUUGUGGUCCUGAUCCUUAUAUUAUUAUCCACGAAUCUUCAAAAUUUAUUGAUCAGCAAUUUUUGAAGCUACAGGAGAUUCCAGAAUUGGUUCCAGUAGGUGAGAUGCCUAGAAACCUGACAAUGACUUGUGAUCGUUACCUAACCAACAAAGUUAUUCCCGGCACAAGGGUCACUAUAGUUGGUAUAUACUCUAUUUACAGUUCCAAGAAUGGUGCUGGAUCAGGGAGAAGCGGUGGUGGAAAUGGUGGAAGUGGUGUUGCUAUCAGAACUCCUUAUAUUAAAAUCCUAGGUAUUCAAUCAGAUGUGGAGACUUCCUCCAUUUGGAAUUCUAUAACCAUGUUUUCCGAAGAAGAAGAAGAAGAAUUCAUGCAACUGAGUAGAAACCCCAAGCUUUAUGAAAUUUUGACUAACUCCAUUGCACCCUCUAUCUUUGGUAAUGAAGAUAUCAAGAAAGCCAUCGUUUGCUUAUUGAUGGGAGGUUCCAAGAAAAUAUUGCCCGAUGGCAUGAGAUUAAGAGGUGAUAUUAAUGUUCUACUAUUAGGUGAUCCGGGGACUGCAAAGUCUCAAUUGCUAAAAUUUGUGGAAAAGGUUUCACCCAUUGCGGUCUACACGUCAGGUAAAGGUUCUUCUGCAGCGGGUUUAACUGCGAGUGUCCAAAGAGAUCCAAUGACAAGAGAAUUCUAUCUAGAAGGUGGUGCAAUGGUUCUUGCUGAUGGUGGUGUUGUUUGUAUUGAUGAAUUCGACAAAAUGAGAGAUGAAGACAGAGUUGCCAUUCAUGAAGCUAUGGAACAACAGACAAUCUCCAUUGCCAAGGCAGGUAUAACCACGGUGUUAAACUCCAGAACUAGUGUUCUAGCAGCAGCAAAUCCUAUUUAUGGUCGUUAUGAUGAUUUGAAGUCUCCUGGUGACAAUAUUGAUUUUCAGACCACUAUUUUAUCCCGUUUCGAUAUGAUUUUUAUUGUCAAGGAUGACCAUAAUGAAGAACGUGAUAUUUCUAUCGCCAAUCACGUUAUUAAUAUUCAUACCGGAAAUGCAAAUGCCAUCCAAAAUCAACAAGAGGAAAAUGGUAUGGAAAUUAGUAUCGAAAAAAUGAAACGUUAUAUCACGUAUUGUAGAUUGAAAUGUGCACCAAGACUUUCACCGCAGGCCGCUGAAAAACUAUCUUCGAAUUUUGUCACUAUUAGAAAGCAACUAUUGAUUAAUGAAUUAGAAUCCACCGAAAGAUCGUCUAUCCCUAUUACCAUUCGUCAAUUGGAAGCCAUUAUUAGAAUAACAGAAUCACUGGCUAAACUAGAACUAAGUCCAAUCGCACAGGAAAGACACGUCGAUGAAGCAAUUAGAUUAUUUCAGGCAUCUACAAUGGACGCUGCCUCUCAGGAUCCAAUCGGUGGUUUAAACCAAGCAAAUGGCACGUCAUUAUCAGAGAUCCGUCGUUUUGAACAAGAAUUGAAAAGAAGACUACCUAUUGGUUGGUCUACUUCUUACCAAACUUUAAGAAGAGAAUUUGUCGACACACAUAGAUUUUCUCAAUUAGCUUUGGAUAAAGCCUUGUAUGCGUUGGAGAAGCAUGAAACAAUUCAAUUAAGGCAUCAAGGUCAAAAUAUAUACAGAAGUGGAGUAUGA